GAGUACAGUUUCCAACAUCCUCACCCGCUGCGGCAGGCUAUCAGGGGGGUACUGCACUCGCGUUACCAAAAGCAGGUUCGGAUGAAUUAGAAAAACUAAACGCCUUACCAACACCCCUUUUCUUUUUUACUGUGGGCAUUUUGGGGACAGGGACUGCAAUAAACCUUGUUUCCUGCACUGCUUUACUGUAGCUGACUGACAGUGAGAAGCGGAUAGAAAGGUUCCCGGUGUGUGUGGGUUUGGUGCCAGCGAUUCAACAUGGGGCUCAAGACAGCCCUUCCCAAGCUAGAGCUGUACCUCUACACAGCGGUUCUCUAUCUGGCAAUACUAUGGGCUGGCAGCUGGAUAUGGGAAGCCUCCUCCGAAAACAUGAACAGGAAAGUGUUCAAGAAGAGUGUUAAACCAGGAUGGCACUACUUUGGCAGAAAAAUGGAUGUUGCUGAUUUUGAAUGGGUGAUGUGGUUCACAACAUUCCGCAAUCACAUCCUAUUCGCCCUCGCUGGUCAUGUGAUAUUUGCCAAACUUUGCUCCCUGAUAUCUCCCAGGAUGGGUAUGGAUUUUUGGUAUUGCAAGCGCAGGUCGUUGAUCUAUGGGUUGUACGGAGGCUUGGCAGUCCUGGUCAGUAUGGGCUGGUCCUUCUUGGCGCUGGUCCUGUCACAUUGCUUCAUCCUCUACAGUGUGGCCCUCGUUAAGAGGAAGUGGAUCGUCUUCAUCGCCGGCCUUGCAAGCCUGGCCACCUUCAAGAUGGAACCUUUUAACAGCUGGCAGGAAGGUUUUGUGAUUGGCUCCUUCGACUUGCAAGACAUCCUGUUCUACGGCGGCUCCGGGUUCACCAUCAUGCGCUGUAUGAGCUUCGCUCUGGAGAACUGUGAGAAGAAAGAUGGCAACUACUCCUUCCUUGACCUCCUCAAGUACAACUUCUACCUCCCAUUCUUUUACUUUGGACCAAUCCAAACCUUUGAUCAGUAUCACGAUCAGGCCAACAAUCCCAACCUGACCCGUAAGCAGAGAGAGAUGUGGAACAUUACCACCAAAGCCUUGUUACACCUGGGAGUCAUUCUAUUGGUGGAUGUGUUCUUCCACUACCUGUACAUCCUCACCAUCCCCAACGACAUAAAGCUGGUCAAACAGCUGUCUGACUGGUCCCUGGCUGGCCUGGCCUACUCCAACCUAGUGUAUGACUGGGUGAAGUCAGCAGUGAUGUUUGGGGUGAUCAACACUGUGGCCAGACUGGAUCACCUGGAUCCUCCACAGCCUCCCAAGUGUAUCACCAUGCUUUACGUCUUUGCCGAAACGCACUUUGAUAGAGGCAUCAACGACUGGCUCUGCAAGUAUGUUUACGACUACAUCGGAGGAAGCCACACUAAUAUCUUCAAGGAGUUAGUGGCCACCUUGUGCACGUUUGGCAUAACAACUCUGUGGCUAGGUCCAUGCGAUGUGGUCUAUAUCUGGUCCUUCUACAACUGUUUGGGUCUCAACCUGGAGCUCUGGGUGGCCACGUUCUUCUCCCUUCCUCCUUUCUCCACCAUUGAGCAUGCAAUGGGCGAAGCCAUGUCUCGUAGGAUCCGUGGCAUCUUCGGCGCCGUGAACUUCUGGACUAUUGUCCUCUACAAUGUGCUUGCUCUAAACAGUGUGGAGUUCGCCAAGCUGGUGGGAAAAAGACUGAUCGUUCAAGGCUUUCCCCAAUCCACUUUGUCUGUGCUCUUUGUGACCUACUGUGGCGUUCAGCUGGUAAAGGAGAGAGAACGGAAACAAGCCCUUAUGGAUGAGCUUGAGCAAGCGGCCGUGCCACCUACGCCUGAAGAGGUUGGCAAAGAGAAAACUGAGUAAACACGAACAAGAAGAUCUUCUUUAUCAGGACCUGGUCUUAGGAAACACACAGAGAAGAACCUGCUUUUUAUUUCUUCACAAAUUGACCUGGUCAUGGCGUCAACAGUUAACAAACACCUUCUUCACAUUGUUCUUGAGCUUCUGAACGGUUCUGAACUGAACAAGGCUGUCACAAGUCACCCCACAUCGGACUUAACCUCCAUCAUUUGGCUUCUCCUCGACAACUUCUAUUGUGCCUGUGUGUUGUUUUGGUUUUUAAGAAGAAUACUUGUUUUCUUUUUUGGAACUGUGGAAACUCCUAAAGUGCACUUGCAGAAGAUGUUUGCCAUUGGCCAUGUACUCUGUCCUUUUUGGCGCGGACACACCAAAAUGAUAAGGCUUUCAGGAACUUAUAGAUAGGCAUGACAAAGGUUUUAAGCAGACAUAGCUAAAAUAUUCAAGAAAACGCUGUAUUAAAAGGAAACGUGUCUUGAAUGUAUGUUUCAGUGUGAUAAACGUUUCACAGCAUUACAAAGCUGAAACUACACACAACUCUUCUUUGUAUUGUUAUAUUUAAAAUGGCUUAGUUAAGCAUAGUGUGUUUGUCCUCCCCUAAGCAGGUGCCACUCACUGUUGAGUAUAUUCACUUGCUUUUUAGUAAAUACAUAAGGCCACAUAAGGUCUGCAUUAUCUUUUCAGGCUCUUUUUAGGCUAUUGGACAAGGAAUCAAAUGGUUAGGAUAUUAUUGAAUAUGUUUUGGUGGGUGGCAUGCUACUUCGGUUUGAGACUUGGCACACGAUGGACUGGAGAUACAGUAUAUUUUUAAAAGAAUUACAUUCUUAUGAACACAUCUAUGUUUGUAUCUUGUUUUCAUAUGGAAUUGUUCCUAACUCAACAUUAUGGAAACUAAGUCCAUCCGUCUGUUCUGCUGUUGCUGUUGCUGUACAUACUGUAUCUCGGACUACUGUGCUUCUCUCUGCCAACAUCUUUCAGGAGACAGGGUGACAUUUCUCCGUAUCCCCACCUCUCAUAUUACACCACCUGCUGGAGACAGACCCUGGGUUCUUUUUGUGUUACAAAUCUUUCAACUACUUAGAGCUUUUGCUUGGGCCUGUCUGCAAAGCAAGCUGUGCAGGUUUGACGAGCUCAAAAAGGUACAGCUGAAAUCUAACUAAUACUACUUGAAUCCAGGAUGGCAACAGGCACCUUUGAGAGGAUCUAGUCUAAAGCCCUCCAUAGAUGUCAGUCAUCGCACUAUGAAAGGCAAUAGCCCCACCAUGAGGGAAUAUGGGUUGGUCUGGAAUGGUUAUUUCACAGAACCUCUACUGUAAAAUGCCUUUAUUAACCAGACCAGAAAUCUAUGUUUUAGAUGAGAGCUUUUAUUUUAGGUGGUGAGCAUAAAGACCAGGUAGGCUGACUGAAAAUACAUGCUCAAGGAUAGAUUAACCAAUCUUUUACUUUGCUUGCCCAAGGAUUAGGUUUGUAGCAACUUUUCAAUUACUGGUCAGAUGCUUUAAACACUGCCACCACUUUCUCUGUAAGGUAGUGGAAAAUAAAGCACAUAUUUUAUAAUUCUUAAAUUUACUAGUUGUGGAUUUAACUUAUAAUAUGAUGGAUACCAUAGUUCCAAAAUCAGCACAAAAUAGCUCAAUUAAAUAUGGUUCAAGUAUUUUAAACAAACGGACAUACUGUGGGUCUGUAUAGAAGACAGAUGAUUAUUUAUAGCUUAGUCCUAUUGUCUUCAUCUCAGGUUAAAGUGUUAGAAUGAUUCACAAUUUCAAAUCAGAGAUAUUUUUGAAAAAUAAUAAACCAAUAAAGAUAACACUUUUGGUCA